AUGCCGUUCACCAAGUACGAGCAAGAGGGAGUUCAUACUUUGCUUCAGUUCUAUAAUCCUUCCCUUCGCUGCUUCACGUUCACCGACGACCUCUUGGUUCCAACAUUGGAAGAGUAUUCCCUAUUUCUUGGCGUUCCUAUAAAGAAGGAAGUACCAUACUAUGGCACCAUGAAGGCCCCUGAUUCCAUUGAAAUUGCUAAGGCUCUUUAUUUGAGCAAAUCGGUCGUGGAAGCAAAUCUCACUAAGAAGGGAGGAGGUUUUGGUUUUUGCAUGGAGUUUCUGGUCAAAAGGGGUUGUGAGGCUGAUGAAGCAAAGGAAUGGGACACAUUUAGGGCUAUCCUGGCUCUAGGUAUCUAUGGUAUCAUGAUGUUCUCGAACAUUCCUAACUUUGUUGACAUGAAUGCAAUUCAUAUGUUCAUUCUGCAGAAUCCAGUUCCUACACUUUUGGGAGACGUUUAUCACUCCAUUCACCACAAGAGUAGUCAGAAGGGAGGUUUGGUCAGAUUCUGUGCUCUGUUGCUAUAUCGUUGGUUCAGGUCACAUUUGCCUGAGCGUGGCGCUUUCGUUGAUAAUAGGCACACAUCUAAGUGGGCUGAGAGGAUUAUGGGGCUUAGGGCCAAAGAUAUUGUCUGGCACAACAGAUCCUUAGAUGACAUGGAAGUUAUUAUGAGUUGCGGAAAAUUCAAAAAUGUACCUCUCAUGGGUCUUAGAGGUGGAAUCAACUAA